UCUCAAUGUGGUUCCACUAUGUUUUUCAGGUAACCUGCAAAGAUAGCAGAACAAAGAAGCGAGAGAAACUUCUAGAACAAGCAUGUCAAAAGAGGGGGACAAAGCAUCUGUGUUCCGUACCACCAAAGUGCGGACCAAGCUGAAGGGAGACGCCAGCUGGUUGCAGCGCAGUAAUGAAACUCAGGCUGAAACUGAGGAGGAGGUGAAGCCAUGGGUAGCAGAAGUAAGGGCCGGCCGUUUGAACGGAGCCCCCAUUGAGACCAGUUCAGUGUUGUCACCAGUGGAAUCCACUCCUCCACCCACCACAUCUGACACUGAAAGAACACCAACAUCAGGAUUCCUGAUCAGAGGCGUUUUCGUCAAACUAGACAAGCCUGUUUCAUCCUCAACAUCUAAUGGCUUAAGUGGAACAACACCAUUCACCAAAAAACCUUCAGAGAACUACAAGAAAAUAGCCCCGUACACUGUGAGGACUGCUUCAGAGGUCCAGGAGGGCCAUCUUAGCCACGAAGAGCAGGAGAAACGGGUGGAGAUUACUGAUGAUGAUGAGAGUGCUACGACUCCAGCACCUGCCAGCACUCCUCCCCCCUCCCCUGUCGUCCCCGUCACAUCUGUCGCCUCCGCCCCUGAGCCCAUACCACAGAAAAUAGCCGACACCAGUGUUAAGGCAGCUGUUGAUGUCGCUGUUCAACAGCCUGUGGUACCGAAGGUGGAGGAGGCUGCCCCGAAGCCUGUGAAUGAAGACCCUUCUCCAGUCCUCCACCGCCCCGGCUUCAACUGUCCCAGCCUCCCCUGCCUCGGCUACAACUGUCAAAGCAUCUCCUGCCCCGGCUUCAACUGUCCCAACAUCCACCACCCCGGCUUCAACUGUCCCAGCAUCCACCGCCCCAGCUUCAACUGUCCCAGCUUCAACUGUCAAAGCAUCCACUGCCCCGGCUUCAACUGUCCCAGCAUCGACUGCCCCGGCUUCAACUGUCCCAGCAUCUACUGUCCCGGCUUCAACUGUCCCAAGAUCCACCGCCCCGGCUUCAACUGUCCCAGCAUCUACUGUCCCAGCUUCAACUAUCAAAACAUCCACUGCCCCGGCUUCAACUGUCAAAGCAUCCCCUACUCUAGCAUCACCUGCCCCGGCUUCAACUGUCCCAGUAUCCACUGUCCCAGCUUCAACUAUCAAAACAUCCACUGCCCCGGCUUCAACUGUCAAAGCAUCCCCUACUCUAGCAUCACCUGCCCCGGCUUCAACUGUCCCAGUAUCCACUGUCCCAGCUUCAACUGUCAAAGCAUCCACCGCCCUGGCCUCAACUGUCCCAGCAUCCACCGCCCCGGCUUCAACUGUCCCAGCAUCCACCGCCCCAGCUUCAACUGUCCCAGUCUCUACUGUCCCGGCUUCAACUGUCAAAGCAUCCACUGCCCCGGCUUCAACUGUCCCAGCAUCGACUGCCCCGGCUUCAACUGUCCCAGCAUCUACUGUCCCGGCUUCAACUGUCCCAAGAUCCACCGCCCCGGCUUCAACUGUCCCAGCAUCUACUGUCCCAGCUUCAACUAUCAAAACAUCCACUGCCCCGGCUUCAACUGUCAAAGCAUCCCCUACUCUAGCAUCACCUGCCCCGGCUUCAACUGUCCCACAUCCACCGCCCCGGCUUCAACUGUCCCAGCAUCCACCGCCCCAGCUUCAACUGUCCCAGUCUCUACUGUCCCGGCUUCAACUGUCAAAGCAUCCACUGCCCCGGCUUCAACUGUCCCAGCAUCGACUGCCCCGGCUUCAACUGUCCCAGCAUCUACUGUCCCGGCUUCAACUGUCCCAAGAUCCACCGCCCUGGCUUCAACUGUCCCAGCAUCUACUGUCCCGGCUUCAACUGUCAAAACAUCCACUGCCCCGGCUUCAAUUGUCCCAGCAUCCCCUGCCCCAGCUUCAACUGUCCCAGCAGCUACUGCCCCGGCUUCAACUGUCCCAGCAGCUACUGCCCCGGCUUCAACUGUCCCAGCAUCCCCUGCUCCAGCAUCCACUGUCCCAGCUUCAACUGUCCCAGCAUCUACUGCCCCGACUUCAACUGUCAAAGCAUCCACUGUCCCGGCUUCAGCUGUAAAAGCAUCCCCUGCUCCAGCAUCCCCUGCCCCGACUUCAACUGUCCCAGCAUCCACCGCCCCGGCUUCAACUGUCAAAGCAUCCCCUGCUCCAGCAUCCCCUGCCCCAGCUUCAACUGUCCCAGCACCCACUUCCCCAGCUUCAAAAGUCCCAGCACCCACUACCCCAGCUUCAACAGUCCCAGCACCCACCACCCCGGCUUCAACUGUCAAAGCAUCCACUGUCCCAGCUUCAACUGUCCCAGCAUCCACUUCCCCAGCUUCAACAGUCCCAGCACCCACCGCCCCGGCUUCAACUGUCAAAGCAUCCACUGCCCCGCCUUCAAAAGUCCCAGCACCCACUACCCCAGCUUCAACUGUCCCAGCAUCCACUGCUCCGGCUUCAACAGUCCCAGCAUCCACUGCCCCAGCUUCAACUGUCCCAGCAUCCACUGCCCCAGCUUCAACUGUCCCGGCACCCACUGCCAUGGCUUCAAAAGUCCCAGCAUCCACUGCUCUGGCUUCAUCUGUCCCAGCAUCCACUGCCCCAGCUUCAACUGCCCCAGCUUCAACUGUCCCAGCAUCCACCACCCCGGCUUCAACAGUUCCAGCACCCACUGCCCCGGCUUCAACUGUCAAAGCAUCCACUGUCCCAGCUUCAACUGUCCCAGCAUCCACCACCCCGGCUUCAGCUGUCAAAGUAUCCAGUACUCCGGCUUCAUCUGUCCCAGCAUCCACUGCCCCGGCUUCAACUGUCCCAGCAUCCACUGCCCCAGCUUCAACUGUCAAAGUAUCCAGUACUCCGGCUUCAUCUGUCCCAGCAUCCACUGCCCCGGCUUCAGCUGUCAAAGUAUCCAGUACUCCGGCUUCAUCUGUCCCAGCAUCCACUGCCCCAGCUUCAGCUGUCAAAGUAUCCAGUACUCCGGCUUCAUCUGUCCCAGCAUCCACUGCCCCGGCUUCAACUGUCCCAGCAUCCACUGCCCCAGCUUCAACUGUCAAAGUAUCCAGUACUCCGGCUUCAACAGUCCCAGCACCCACUGCCCCAGCUUCAGCUGUCAAAGUAUCCAGUACUCCGGCUUCAUCUGUCCCAGCAUCCACUGCCCCGGCUUCAACUGUCCCAGCAUCCACUGCCCCAGCUUCAACUGUCAAAGUAUCCAGUACUCCGGCUUCAUCUGUCCCAGCAUCCACUGCCCCGGCUUCAGCUGUCAAAGUAUCCAGUACUCCGGCUUCAUCUGUCCCAGCAUCCACUGCCCCGGCUUCAACAGUCCCAGCACCCACUGCCCCAGCUUCAGCUGUCAAAGUAUCCAGUACUCCGGCUUCAUCUGUCCCAGCAUCCACUGCCCCGGCUUCAACAGUCCCAGCACCCACUGCCCCAGCUUCAGCUGUCAAAGUAUCCAGUACUCCGGCUUCAUCUGUCCCAGCAUCCACUGCUCUGGCUUCAUCUGUCCCAGCAUCCACUGCCCCAGCUUCAACUGUCCCAGCAUCCACUGCUCUGGCUUCAUCUGUCCCAGCAUCCACUGACCCAGCUUCAACAGUCCCAGCACCCACUGCCCCGGCUUCAACUGUCCCAGCAUCCACUGCCCCAGCUUCAACUGUCCCAGCAUCCACUGCUCUGGCUUCAACUGUCCCAGCAUCCACUGGCCCAGCUUCAACAGUCCCAGCACCCACUGCCCCAGCUUCAACUGUCAAAGCAUCCACUGUCCCAGCUUCAGCUGUCCCAGCAUCCACCACCCCGGCUUCAACUGUCAAAGCAUCCACUGUCCCAGCUUCAGCUGUCCCAGCAUCCACCACCCCGGCUUCAACUGUCCCAGCAUCCACUGCCCCAGCUUCAACAGUCCCAGCACCCACUGCCCCAGCUUCAGCUGUCAAAGUAUCCUCUGCUCCAGCAUCCACUGCCCUGGCUUCAUCUGUCCCCGCAUCCACUGCCCCAGCUUCAACAGUCCCAGCACCCACUGCCCCAGCUUCAGCUGUCAAAGUAUCCUCUGCUCCAGCAUCCACUGCCCCGGCUUCAACUGUCAAAGCAUCCACUGCCCCAGCUUUGACUGUCUCAACAUCCACUGUCCCGGCUUCAGCUGUCAAAGCAUCCUCUGCUCCAGCAUCCACUGCUCUGGCUUCAUCUGCCCCAGCAUCCACUGCCCCUGCUUCAAAUGUCCCAGCAUCUACUGCCCCGGCCAAACCACCACUGGAACCAUCUCCAAAGCAAAGUUCCAGUGUUGAUACACUCACCGCCUUGUCCGACACCCUCAUUUCUUUCAGCACAAGUUCAACCAGACCCGAGGAGUCAGCAAAGCCUGUUCCCCCAAGCCCAGGACGCUGGAGUCAGGAUUUGCUUAGCGGACUAGACAGCACACAGCGAGAGGAAAGGAAACAGACAGAAGAGACAGCCAAGAAAACACAAAGCUCGGCUGAUCCGUUUGAUCCAUAUCCGAUAGGGACCACAUCCCCUAACAGCUCCUCUGACCUGCUCAAGCCCCUCUCAGAUAUUUCCAUCAACAGUAUGAGCAGUAAUGCGUUGGACUCCCUUGCAGACAACGUCAUCCCUAUCAACACUGACAGGACAAGCCUCAGCACUCAGAGGUCAUGGGCACGCACAUGGGAAACCAGCACACCUCAGCAGACAAACACAGAAGAGAGCCAAGAACCCGAAGCAGGAGGCCAAGCUGAAGAUGAAAAGACGCUGGUCAUGUUUGAGAGAAAAUCAACUGAGAAUGACUCCCCAUGGGACAGGUGGACAUCCCCCACUCUCUAUACUAUCAGUACAACUACAGGAGAGGAAGAGGAGGAAGAGGAAGAAGAGGAAAGCCCCGAGGAUACGCAGACCCAGAUAGUCACAACCGUCACCACUAUCAGGGAGAUACACAGUGAGCCAGAGCCCGCUAUGGAUCGUUAUGAAACCUAUUCCAGGAGCGUGACAGAAGAAGACCAGCAUGUCCAAACACCAGAACCUGAUACUAAAAAAGGGUUUGUGUUUGUGAAAGAGUAUGUCAAUGCAACAGAGCUGUCCUUGUAUAAUGCCAGAGAAACAAUCAAUAGUGGGUCAGAUUAUUUGACAUCAAGCUCUGCCAGUUACUCUUACAGCAGCCCCUCCACUUACACCAGUGGCUCUCUGUCAUCCGCCUGUACAUACUGUGGAAAGCCAGUAGGCAGUGAUGCCAAGAUCUCCAUCCAGCACCUCAAUAUCAACUGCCACCCUGCCUGCUUCAAGUGUGACAUGUGUAGUAAGCCAAUGGGAGACCUUCUCUACAGUAUGUUCCUACAUGGUGGAAAAGUCCACUGCGAGAGCUGCUACUCCAAAGCCUUGGACUGAUUAUCGAAGCUCUUCAGCAGCCUCUUAUCCUCGUCCCCUUCCCUUCACGUUCAUUUGCAUAUACAGUGAGAACUGGUCUUUCGCAAAGUUUGAACUCCGGAGUGUGUUUAGGGUCAUCAAAGAGGCAGUUAUAGUGACCAAUAACAUUGCUUAAUGUUGAUUCUUACAUAAAGUUAAAUUUCUAAUUUGUCAAAUAUGUUGUACAAGCUUGUGUUGUUUUUUUCCUGGUGGUGAAAGCUGUAUCUGCUUGAAAUAGUAAAUUAUGAAGGAUAUGUCUG